AGACACAGUUAUAGCAACAAUGUUAUCUUUAAAAGUGUCGUAAUUUAGCGAACACGGUUCAGUCUGGUACAUAGCCGCGAAUGCGUAUGAAUCGAAGGUGACAAUACUAUAGUGAUAAAAAAAUAGUACUCAUUUUUGGAUAAGCUUCAACACACAACAAAAUGGUGGGGUAUUGUCAAGAUACCGAGAAGCGUCCUCUCAUCCCAGCAUUCUACGCCGGGAGAUGUAUUCUAAUCACAGGAGGCACCGGGUUCAUGGGUAAGGUUCUGAUAGAACGACUGCUGACUACGUGUCCUGACAUUGAUAAGUUGUACCUUUUGAUGCGAGAGAAAAAGGGCGUUACUCCUGAGACGCGCCUGCAAGAAAUGAAAGAGUCACAGAUUUUUGAUAUUAUUCGACAAUCCAGUCCAGCACAAUUGGACAAGCUUUACAUACUGCCUGGAGAUAUAACCCAGCCUGACUUGGCGUUGACACAAGAUUCAAUAGCUAAAUUACAAGAGGUAUCAAUAGUAUUUCACGUAGCCGCCACAUUAAAAUUCAACGAAGCGUUAAAGAUUGCUGUAGAACAAAAUGUCCUCUCAGUCAUCAGGCUCAUGGAUAUCUGUGACAGACUACCCAAUAUCGAGGCUUUCAUCCACGUCUCAACAGCAUACUGUAAUGCUGAACUGUCUACUAUAGAAGAACGCGUGUAUCCACCACCCGCUUCAUUAGACCGCCUACUGGCUGUUGCAGAGUCAAUGCCAAAUGAUUUAAUGACCGAUAUUACACCUAAGUAUAUUGCUCCGAAACCCAAUACUUAUACCUUCACAAAAGCCAUGGCCGAGUUUGCUGUCCAGCAGCACGGAAACAAAGGAUAUUCUAUUGCCAUAUUCAGACCUACAAUAGUUAUAUCCGCCGUGAAACAUCCAUUCCCCGGAUGGAUAGAGAAUUUGAACGGACCUAGCGGGGUAAUCGCUGCCACUGGCAAGGGACUACUCCAUGUAUUCCGCUGCAAUUCCAUGGCAUACGCAGACUUGUUGCCUGUUGAUAUAGCUAUCGACACAUUACUAGCUGUAGCUUGGGAGACGGCCACUGACAAAUUGCAAGAUGUCAGAGUGUACAACUGUACGACAUCAGAGAAUCCCACCAGGUGGGGAGAUUUUGAAAAUGCGGUUAUAAAAAACAUCAAACUAUAUCCAAUGGACAAGGCGUUAUGGUGGCCAUACGGUACUGCCAUCCACAACAAAUAUUUGGAGAAGAUAUUGGAGUUACUGUUGCAAACGGUGCCUUUACACCUAACAGAAUAUAUAUCGCGAUUAUUAGGAAUUAAGACGCAGUUAAAUCUAAUCACCGUCAGCCAUCGUUUACAAGCUAUGAAUAAAGUACUGAAAUUCUUCGCUUUGCGGGAGUGGAGAUUCGUGAACACAAACGUACAAAAACUGCGAACAAGGCUGACGCCCCAGGAUGCUGCGAUAUACAACUUGGACCCAAAAAGCUUCAAGUGGGAAGAACAUUACUUGAAUUUCGUGAAGGGUAUAAGGAAAUAUCUUCUGAAGGAAAAAGACCAAGACUUAGCUAAGGCAAGACAACAUGUAAAACGAAUGUUUUACCUUCACACCUGUGUGUCCGUACUUCUGAUGGGAUUAGUGAUAAGGCUGGCAUUACAAAACAAACUAGUACGUGACUUAUUUUAUGGUAGCAUGAAGUUUAUUCUUAGUAUAUUCAAUAAGCAACUCUUUAAUUGGAAUCGCAAAACUGUAUAAAACUUGAUACCACAUCGGUGGUCUUCUGCAAUCCAAAAUAAAAAUUAUUAGAAUUAGAUAUGUUUAUUCAUAGAUAUAAAAACUAGAACAAGCAUUACAUAUUUUAUUACUUGGAUAGUGAUAUCUCUGUCAAUUAUUAUUAUUACCUAUAUUAUGCUUAGGUAUACACUGUGAGCACAACAAUAUUGUAUAUUUCUAUAUUCAUAGAAUAUAUGUUUUAUACGAAGAGUACGUGCUCUGACAAAAUCAACAUGACAGAGUUAUAAAGUUUCUGAAACUCUUUAUCUCGAUUUGUAUUGUAUUAAUAUGGCUGUGGAUUUUUUAGGAAUCAUUAAGGUGUUUUAGGACAUGUUAAAAUGAUAAAUAUUAGAUUAGAAACUACGUACUUAUAAGUAUUUAAGUAAUUUGUUACUUAUAUUUUUAAUUAUUUGAUUAAAUAUUUAGCAUUUUUUUUAUUAUCGGGAUUUUUAAUGGGAAAAAAGUAAAAGAUAAUUUCGUCUGCAAUAUUGCUAUACGCCGGCAAAGUAUUAGUGAAUAUUGAUAAGUGACGACGAAGUUAGGUCAUUUAGUCCAUCUGGAUGUAUUCACUAGGAAUUAAACACGAAUAUUUAUAGAGGAAACCACGCGGACAACCACCUGAUAAUAGAUAGCGUAUAUUGCUUGUUCCCAAUAUACGUCUCAUACCUACUGUUUUUUUAAAGUAACUAAAUAUUUUUGUUUAUUUUUUUUAAGUUUAGAAUCACAUACAAUGUUUAAAGGAUGUGCGAGGUGCAGUCUUGCUACACACUGCACUCCUGAUUUAUCGAAAGUGUAUCUAUUGUUUGUUAAUAAAGUACAAUUUUGCGAAAAA